AUGAAUUGCACUUAUCACAUAAGAAAUCCAAUAACAUUUAUAUGUAUAGCUCCAGCUCCUCACAAAUGUAAAUGUUAAAGAAAGCUUUGUGCUGAAUGCCUUUAUGACCAUGGGGUGGAUGUAAUAAAUCAAACACUUCCAAUUAAUAAAUUUCAUGAUCAAGUUAUGAAAAAAGUAAAAGAACUGAAGCUUGAUGAUACAUCAGAGUUAACCUAAUAAAGAAUGGCAUUUAAAUUAAUGCUGUCUCAAACUGAGAGCACAAUGAGAAAAAUUUGGGAAGAAUUAUAAGAAUCAAUUAAAUAAAUAUAUGAUUUGAUUGAAAAAUAAACAAAAUCAUAUGUUGAUCUCAUUAACUAGAAUACAAAUCUAAUUGAAACUUCAAAUACUGAGUUAGAGAAAUUAGUACAAAUAUUAGAAGGUAAAACCUUAAAUGUUUGGAAUGCAUAAAAAAAAUUUUAUUUGAUUAAGUUAGAAAAGGCAAAGAAUUUAUGGGGAUAAGAAAUAAAUUCAUUUAAUGAAUAGUUGAAGAAAGGAAUGUAUGAGAUUCUUUCUUAACAAUUUAACCCAUCUACUACAACUAUAAAACCUAUUUAAGAAGAAGCUGAAGAUUAUUAAAAGAAAGAAGAUUUUUAUGAGAUGCUAACCUACAUCUAGGAUAUAGAUGAAUCUCUCUAUUAGAAGAUUAUCGAUAUACUUAGAAAAGAGAAAGUUUCAGACAUUAUUGGAUUCCUGUCAAGGACAAACAAUCAUCAGUUUUAUGAAUCUUUAAACUAUAAGUAAGGGAAUAUUAGGGAGAUCAAGAAGUAAGUAAAGAAAAUAACUAAUUUCUUGAGGAAUAUUUAGGAUCAUAAAUUUAGUAAGGAUGACUAUUCUCAAGAAACAUAUGAAAAGGAAAGAGCAUAUCUGAUAAAGAAGAUGAAGGCUAACAAAGGGAUCACAGAGUUCAUCAAAUUUUUAGUACGACUAACAAGCAUAGAUGUAAAAUACAUUCAAUCGGGAUCAAAUGGACUUAGUUUAUUAGUGGAAAUGAAGGUUGAUAUAAGGAACCAAUCCUUUGAGAAUAUCAGAAUCAAGAAUACUUCUUUAAUUGGAGGUAAUUUUGUAAGAUGCAACUUGAGUGAAUCAGAGUUUGAAAAUGUUGAAAUCAGUGGAUUGAAUUUGAAUGGUGCUUAAUUAUUCAAUUGUAAAUGGAAGAACUUGAAAAUCCAUGAAUUGAACAAAUUAGAUGGUCACAGCGGAAGUGUGUUAUCAGUCUAAAUUUCUCCAGAUGGUAAUAUAUUAGCAUCGGCAUCUGGUGGUGGUGAUAAGUCUAUCCGUCUAUGGGAUGUCAAAACAGGAUAAUAAAAAGCCAAAUUAGAUGGUCAUAGU